AUAUCGUGUUCAACAUCUGCAAAAAAAAUAAAAUUUGCAUUUAUGAAUGAAAAAUUUGGCCAAAAUUAUCAAUAGAUUUAUAAUUUUAAAAGCCUUUUCUUCCUUUUUAGAGCUCUUGUACAAUCAAAAAACAACAUUUUCCCACAUUAAAACAGAGUCCUUGAACCUAUCAUCAAUAAUAAAUCUGCAUUUGUUUGAAUCUUGUUCCUUGGGGUCGUGACGUCACAGUCAAGAUGGCGGCGAUUCAAAAAAAACUCGCUGGGCUUUUCAAAAUCACCACUUCAUUUCACCCUAUUUAAUAUUUGUUUAUUUAUCUAUGACACCGGUAUGACAACAAAUGUUUGAUGAGUGUGAAUGGUUUGUCUAUAUGUGCCCUGCGAUUGACUGGCGACCAUUCCAGGGUGUACCCCGCCUCUCGCCCGAAGUCAGCUGAGAUAGGCUCCAGCAUACCCCCGCGACCCUAAUGGGGAGAAGCGGUAUAGAAAAUAGAUGGGUGAAUACUUUAAUUUUGAGGGGGUGGGGGGUUUUAAACUUUUUUGGUGUCAUAUGGGGGUUAGAACACGCGACUUUUACAAGGUGACAACACACUUUUACGUUUUUGUCAAAUAGUUCACACAUUAAUUAGCCCUUCUGCGUUUAAAGUAUCAUUUGUCCAAUUCAUUGAGAGAUGUACAAAGAAAGCCCCCCCCGCCAUGUACAUUUUGAGGGAACCUUUGGACCACUCCCCCUACAGUUGUGGAAGACUCGUCAGCAUGACCUCGUCACCUGUGAAAGACUUUCUGGUCGCCCAUUUAAUGCCAGAGAAAUGUUACGUGGAGUUUUUCAUCAACUUCAGAUUUCACGGUGAGGCUUCUUAUUAUCGAGUUAUGUUUGACGUCGUGGUUGCUUCAAAAGUCACACACGUGUCUAGGAGGGCGAGAAUGUACCCUGCUUGAUGUUUGUCUUUAACAAAAUCAUCGGAUUGUGGAUCCUUUUGGACGUGUUUUUUGCACAACUCCUGCAGCUGUUAAAGAUUCUAUGGAGACGGAAUGCAGACGGCUUGAGUCUGGCCUGCGUCCUGCUGCAACUGUACGCCUCGUCUGGACCUGUCCUGUUCGCCGUGGCCCACAACUUCCCCCUUUUUGCCUGGGGUGAGAGGCUUUUCUUAACGAUCCAGACAUCAGUGAUUGUCUUCCUAAUCCUGCAUUAUCGUGGAGACACUGUAAGAGGAAUUCUGUUUGUGUUGGCUUACGCUGCUUUGAUCAUCCUAUUGGGAUCAUGUGCCCCUGCACAAGUCAUCGCAGUGAUGCACUCGUCAAGUUUGGCAGCACUAAUUACGAGCAAGGUUUUCCAGGCAAGAACUAACUAUCGCAACGGCCACACAGGUCAGCUGUCGUCUCCGUCUGUGUUCCUGUCAUGUGCAGCAUCACUGGGCCUCAUCUUUGUCUCCCUGCAGGAUACGGGAAACUCUCUUGCCACUGCUAGCUACGUCUUGUCAGCCUGCUUGAGCUGCAUCUUGCUGGCUCAGGUCCUCUGCUGUGUAAGCAGCACGGCUGAAAAGAAGACGGCGUAAAUGUGGAGGACAGAGAAAGCUGGAGAGCAACAAAUACAGAAUGACGUCUAGUGCUAUUCCAAAUAAGAACACAUUUCAGUGGAGGUUCACUUAUGUUAGGUAUGUAUGUAGUCUCUCAUAUUUUAGUACUAAACUUUUUUUUUUUUUUUUUUCAUUGUCAAAUGUGUCACCAGCCUAAAAGUAAACCUUUUCUAGGAUUUAUUUUUUGUCUUGGUCAUUUUAGCAAUACUUGUUUACAUACCUUAGAUCGGGGUGUCCAAACUUUUUCUUCCGAGGGCCACAUAAUGAAAAUGAAAGGGCACAAGGGCCACUUAGUAUGAACAUCGGUCAGCUCUUUUUUUCCCCCCAAUAUGCUGUUGUUUUUUUCCAAAUAUUUAAACUUUCUUCUCAAAUAAUCGUCAUAGUUGUAGUACGUAUAUAGUAGUUUGUCGAGUAAACGUUAUGGUAAACUUGAACUUUACUAAACUAGCAAAUACAGUAAACUAAAAGUAAACUUCUAGGGUUUGUUUUUGUCUUGGUCGCUUUAUCAAGUAGUCCCCAAACCCCGGGCCGUGGGUCAUUUGGUACCGGGCCGCACAGAAAGAAAAAAUAAUUUCCAUUAUUUCUUUUUUUUUCAGGUUUUAUUUUGAAAAGUGGCUGGAUUCUCUGUUACAUCCGUCUCACUUGACGCAUGUCCAUUGUGCGUGUGCUAACUUUCUCUCAUGCCGCACAGAAAGACUACUACUGUAUUUUUACCAUUUUUCUUUCACCUCAUAUUUGGUCUCAAAUGCUGAUACUAUGUGGGAAUGCAUAAAGGUAAGUUUUGAUGACUUAUUGAGUGCUAAUGUGCACUUUUGUCUCAAGUUCAUUCAUGCUAGCACACUGCCUUUUACCACACACGUCAAACAGAGAUGUAAUCAUCUCUCUGGAAAAACUUGACUGGAACUCGAACUGGUGGAUGGUGGGUCGGCAUUCAUUUUG